CCCCGUCUGCGCCUGCGCGGCCGUCGCUCCCACGUGACCCCGCGCCGCUCCUCCUUCCUGCGGCGCGGCCAUGGCGGCGGGGGAGGUGGUGACGGCGGGAUCCGCAGAGGAGUUCCAGCGGCUGCUGCAGCAGAAGGAGCGAGCACUUGUAGUUGUCCACUUCUGGGCACCAUGGGCUCCCCAGUGUGCACAGAUGAAUGAGGUUAUGGCCACUCUGGCGAAGGAACACACGCAGGUUACGUUUGUGCAGCUGGAAGCUGAAGCUGUGCCUGAAGUGUCUGAGAAAUACGAAAUUAGUUCUGUUCCAACGUUCUUAUUCUUUAAGAACUCCCAGAAAGUUGACAGAUUAGAUGGUGCUCAUGCCCCAGAGCUGACCAAAAAAGUCCAGCGCCAUGCGUCCAGCGCUUCUGUUCCUGCUGGCUCUAAUGACAGUGCAAAAGAAGAUCUUAAUGUUCGUCUGAAGAAACUCAUCAAUGCUGCCCCUUGCAUGCUGUUUAUGAAAGGGUCUCCAAAAGAACCUCGCUGUGGUUUCAGCAAACAGAUGGUGGAGAUACUGAACAAACAUGGUAUUUCAUUUAGCAGUUUUGAUAUUUUUUCUGAUGAAGAAGUUCGUCAGGGGCUGAAAACAUACUCUAAUUGGCCAACUUAUCCACAGUUGUAUGUAGCUGGAGAGCUAAUAGGUGGACUUGAUAUUAUCAAGGAACUUGAGGCUUCUGGAGAACUGGACACAGUCUGUCCCAAGGCACAGAAGUUAGAGGACAGGCUUAAAAGCUUGAUAAACAAAGCUCCUGUAAUGCUUUUUAUGAAGGGAAACAAACAGUCUGCAAAAUGUGGAUUCAGCAAGCAAAUUAUAGAAAUCAUAAACAAUACUGGUGUUGAUUAUGAGACAUUUGACAUACUGGAGGACGAAGAGGUGCGGCAAGGACUGAAAACCUAUUCAAACUGGCCAACAUAUCCUCAGCUGUACGUGAAAGGUGAACUCGUUGGAGGGUUGGAUAUCGUUAAGGAACUAAAAGAAAGCGGCGAGUUGUUGCCUAUUCUGAAGGGAGAAAAUUAAUGUCCAAGGUCAGCAGUGGGAACUGAAGUUCUUUGAACAAUUACUCAUUGGUAGAUUAUGCUGGAGCAAUAUAAUGUGACUUAACCCUGUGGAACCAAUCAGAAGUAAAUAAAGGCUUCUUAUGUACUCUGUCACAAGACCCUGCUGCAUCUGAAAGUGUGUUUCCAAUGAAGAUAGAAACGUGUCAAGAUCUUCAAAUUCAAUUAAAACAUAAUGCUAGAGGA